GCGGCCGCGGCGCCGCCCCUUUCUUUUCGGGCCGCGCCGCCAUUUUGUGGGCACACGGGGUGCCGCGCCGAGCCCCCCAUCGUCCCUCAUAAUCAGCCAAAAUGACGAACACAAAGGGAAAGAGGAGGGGAACACGUUAUAUGUUCUCAAGGCCGUUUCGCAAACAUGGAGUUGUUCCUCUGGCUACCUAUAUGCGCAUCUACAAGAAGGGCGAUAUAGUUGAUAUCAAGGGUAUGGGUACUGUUCAACAAGGUAUGCCCCACAAGUGUUACCAUGGCAAGACUGGAAGGGUAUAUAAUGUUACGCAGCACGCUGUGGGCGUUAUUGUUAACAAGAAGGUUAAGGGUAAGAUUCUAGCCAAGAGAAUUAAUGUGCGUAUUGAGCAUAUUAAACAUUCCAAGAGCAGAGACAGCUUUCUGCAGCGUGUGAAGGAGAAUGAGAAGAAGAAAAAGGAAGCAAAAGAAAAAGGCAUUUGGGUUCAACUGAAACGCCAGCCUGCUCCACCAAGGGAAGCGCACUUCGUGAGAACUAAUGGGAAGGAUCCAGAGCUGCUGGAGCCAAUUCCCUAUGAAUUCAUGGCAUAAUGAACAUUUAAAAAAAGAUAAAUUAAAGAUCUGUUUUUGGACAAGUGUA